AUGGCCAUUGACUACAAUGGGUGCGAAGAGGAGUGGCUCACGGGGAAGUUGGCGAACCUGUCAGCCGUGGAGGUUGAACAGGCGGUGGACGACAACUACAAGGACUCCUACAAGGCCUUCAAGUCCUUCGAAGGGUCUCCGAACCCCCAGAAGGUGGCGCAGGAGCUUCGGAGCGCCGUCCAAGCCUUUAAGAAGAACAUGCCCAUCAUUCAGGGCCUGUGCCAACCUGCGAUCAAAACCUCGCAUUUGCUGCAGCUCUUCGAGGACGCCGUCCGUGACGUGACCAACGAGACGGGUCGACAGUAUGACGACAUGGAUGUCGACAUCGACAUGGAGGAUGGCCUGACCUUGACCAUGUGCCUGGAGGCUGGUAUGCUGGACCAUGUGGAGAAGGUGGAGGCCAUCAGCACCUCUGCACAGAAGCAGCAUGGCUUGAAGGUGGGCCUCGGCGAUGGUCGUGGAAGGAGUCAGAGGGCCAUGGCCAUCGGUGACAACCCGUUCGGCACACUGCCCUACAAGAACACGGGCACCUUCUUGCUGAAAGGAGCUGAUGACGUCCAAGCACUGCUGGAUGAUCACAUCAUCAAGACACAGGCAGUUCGAGGCUCACCCUUCGUGAAGCCCAUCGAGAAGGAGGUGAAGGACUGGGAGGCCAAGCUUAUUUACAUUCAGGAUCUGCUGGAGCAGUGGCUGAUGGUGCAGAGGACCUGGCUCUACCUGGAGCCGAUCUUCAGCUCCGAGGAUAUCGUCCGCCAGAUGCCUGACGAAGCCAAGAAGUUCCAGGCCGUGGACAAGCAGAGACCUCAGGAUGCACCGGGCAUGUCUAGUGACUGCCGAGCCCAUGAGGUCAUCCAGGUCCUGGACGUCUCGGAGAUCGAGAACCUCCUACUGCACUUCUCAGACGCCAACAAGAAGUUGGAUCAGAUUCAGAAGUGUCUCAACGACUAUUUGGAAACCAAGCGCUUGGCAUUCCCGCGCUUCUUCUUCUUGUCGAAUGAUGAGCUGUUGAUGAUUUUGUCGCAGACAAAGGACCCAACGGCCGUGCAGCCACACAUGGGGAAGUGCUUCGAAGGCAUCAACAAGGUGCGCUUCGAUCAAAACGAUGAGAUCAUCGAGGCCAUGCUCUCGGUGGAAGGCGAAGUGGUCGAGCUCGUGCAUCAGGUGAACGUGAACGAAGGCGACAAGAAAGGCAACGUCGAGCGAUGGCUCUUGGAAGUACAAGACUCCAUGAUCAAGACCUUGACCAAGAUCAUGGGCGAUUCCGUGCGCGCCUACGCGGAGACCUCCCGUGGCCAGUGGGUCCUGGAGUGGCCAGGGCAGGUGGUCAUCGCUGUGGACAACAUCUACUGGACUCAAGAAGUGGCUGAAGCCAUUGAGAAGGGCAAGCUUGAAGACUACUACCAGGCCACGGGUUUCGGCUUCGGGGAGUGGUGCGCCCGCCAGGUCUGCGCAUCUCAGUUGCACGAUCUGGUGGAAUUGGUGCGUGGAGAGCUCUCCAAAUUGGCACGCCGAACGCUCACAGCCAUGGUCACGAUCGAUGUGCACAAUCGGGACGUGGUGGGCAGUUUGCGUGAUGCCAAGAUCAGCUCUGCGAAGGACUUUGAUUGGAUGGCACAACUCCGCUACUACUGGGCCCCAACCGGAUCCAUCAUCAUGUACGAGACGCAAAAGCCCAGCACGACCGACAACUGUCAAGUGUCCAUCAUCAAUGCCACUCUCCUCUACGGCUUUGAGUACUUGGGCAACAGUGAUCGGCUGGUGGUCACGCCACUGACGGACAGGUGCUACCGGACCCUCAUGGGAGCCUUCCACCUCUUCUACGGCGGAGCACCCGAGGGACCCGCCGGCACAGGCAAGACCGAGUCCACCAAGGACUUGGCCAAGGCCAUGUCGGUUCAAUGCGUGGUCUUCAACUGCUCCGAUGGCCUGGAUUACUUGGCCAUGGGCAAAUUCUUCAAAGGUUUGGCUUCGUCUGGGGCAUGGUGCUGCUUCGAUGAGUUCAACCGAAUCGACUUGGAAGUCUUGUCCGUGAUUGCACAACAGGUGGCAUGCAUCCAAGAGGCGAUUCGGAUGAAGAAGCGCCGCUUCAUCUUUGAAGAGACCGAGUUGGAGUUGAUCCCCACCUGCGCGGUCAACAUCACCAUGAACCCUGGCUAUGCUGGCCGCUCUGAGCUGCCGGACAACCUGAAGGCCUUGUUCCGCCCUUGCGCCAUGAUGGUGCCGGAUUAUGCAUUGAUUGGAGAGAUCGUGCUCUACUCUGUGGGCUUCGGCAACGCCAAGCCCCUGGCGGCCAAAGCGGUGGCCUCGUUGCGCUUGGGAUCCGAGCAGCUCUCGUCACAGGACCACUACGACUUUGGCAUGCGUGCGCUGAAGUCAAUUUUGGUGGCUGCGGGACAACUGCGAAAGAAGUUUGGGAGCAGCCGUGCAGAGGACAUUUUGAUGCUCUCAGCGCUCAACGAUGUGAACCUGCCCAAGUUCACCUCCAACGACAUCCCUCUCUUCUUGGGCAUCACUGGCGAUUUGUUCCCAGGAACCAAGCUACCACCGUCCGACUACGGCAAGCUGAUCAACGAAUUGGAAGGAGCAGCUCGGGCGCGUCACCUGCAGCCGAAGGCGUCCUUCAUUCACAAGUGCACACAGCUUUGGGAGACGAUCAUGGUCCGACACGGCUUGAUGGUGGUUGGCAUGAACGUCUCAGGGAAGACAGAGGUCGAAAACGUGCUUUCAGCGGCUUUGGCUGCUGUGGCCGACGGUGACUUGUACCUGCCUUGCCAGAUUCACAAGAUCAACCCAAAGUCCAUCAAGCAGGGCCAACUCUAUGGCGAUUUCGAUGAGAACACCCACGAGUGGACCGACGGCAUCCUCGCCUUGACGGUCCGCUACACGGCGAACGCAGACCCUUCGCACCGGCAGUGGAUCAUGCUCGAUGGGCCAGUGGACGCAGUGUGGAUUGAGAACAUGAACACUGUCCUUGAUGACAACAAGAAGCUCUGUUUAAACAGUGGCGAGAUCAUCAAGUUGAGCCCCGUCACCACGAUGAUGUUCGAGGUGGAGGACUUGACCUUUGCAUCUCCUGCCACGGUGUCGCGGUGUGGCAUGGUCUUCAUGGAGCAGGUUUGGACGACGGCCGUUCGCCGUUGA